AGGGUGUCGAGCGCGUCCACCCUCACUUUUCUUCACCCACAAUCCAUCAAUCGCGAUGCCCCGCAAAGCCGCUGCGACCGCCGCGCCUGCAGACGAUUCCGUGCCCGCUGGCACUACCACAGCAGCUGUCGAUGGUGAUGCUAAUCCUGCUCGCCGUUCAUCCCGCCUUGCUGGUCGGGACAAGCCCCCAGCGCCCAAGAAAGCUCCCGCGAAACCGCGGGGGAGGAAACCUAAACCUACCGCAGACAGUGAUAACCAAGAGGUUGAAGCUGAAGCCAAACCCAAGUCUGCCAGGGGAAAGAAGCGUACUGUUGCUGAGAAAACUGCAGAAGAGGGCGCUCAGCCAGAGAGCGAAGAGGCCCCUGCUGCCAAAAAGGCUAAACCCGACUCCAAGGCUGCGUCGAAGCCUACAUCCAAGGCUGCUUCAAAGCCAGCCUCCCAGGUAGCCCCCGCAAAACCUGCCUCUAAGGCCGCGAAACCUGCGUCUCGAGCAUCCGCCAAACCUGUUUCAACAACUGCCAAGAAACCCGCUUCAAGAGCAAGCUCCAAGAAGCCUGCGUCUAGGGUGGGACGUACCUCAUUUGAUUUACAGCCAUGCUUAUCUUGAUUGUCAGGCUGAAGCCCCAACAAAUGAGAACGAGGCCCCAGGCCCCGCUGCUGACACUAUUGUAGAAGAGCUAGAGGAAGAAGCCGCUGCUGCUGAAGCCCCAGCUAUUGAAACCGACGCUUAAUUACCCUGUUUUGUAAUCAUCCAUCCAUGAUGAUGGAUGCUUCCCGCUAUAUCCGCCGCAGACAAAUGUAUCUUUUUCCUAUCAUUAUCUGCUAUCACCG